CCAUAGAACGCCCAGAAAUAUUUCCCUUCGGAUGCAGAAUUUCUGUGUAGGAUGUUUGUGUAGUCGGUAGAAGGUGUGCAUCUAUCUGUGUUUGUGUGUGGGGUUACCAGGUGCUCCAGUCUCUUGUGAUCACAGCAUGAGGAUGAGAUUCCCAAAGGGUUCCUCUAAGUGAUUUAGGCAAGUGUGUGUUGUAUUUUUACAUUUGUUAUCAGAUGGUUUGUGGUACAGGUGAGAGUUGCCUCAUAAACGGCUUGCCAUACAAUUCAUGCUCCUUGAGGAGUCUGUUUCCUGACGUUUAGUAUAAAUGAAGAUGGCAAACUGACCCCAGAUCCCCAGUGAAUGUCUACAGUCAUAACCCCUCCCACUCAUGUUUCAGUUCAACAUCUGCCACCUGGCUGUUUCUACGGCAACUGACCAGACCACCUUCAGCAAGCACACCUGAGAGGAGGAGAGAGGAGAAGACAAGAUACCAGACUCUGCCAGGAUGGGCUACGAUCUAGAACGUUUUGUAGGCUAUGUGAACGAGGGUCUGUUGUGCUGUGUGUGUCGGGACGUGUUAGAAGAUCCUUUGCAGGCUCCGUGUGAACAUGCCUUCUGCAGCUCCUGCAUUCACGGAUGGCUCGUCCACCAUAACACCUGUCCAGAGGACCGCUUGCCUUUAGACAUCUCACAUCUACGGCCGCUGUUCAGAUACAUGAGAAAUGAUUUAGCAAGGCUGCAGGUGAGGUGUGUAUUCCGGCCACAAGGUUGUGAGGUCAUAUGCACUCUGGAGUCUGUUCAUCGUCAUGAGCAACAGUGUGAUUACGCUUUGCUGAACUGCAGUAAUGCAGGCUGCCCGGUUAAGGUGUCGCGGCGCUCUCUGGAAGCUCAUCUGUGUGUGUGUGAAUACAGCAGUAGAGUCUGUGCAAGCGGCUGUGGAUACACAAUCCUAAACACAGAGGAGGCCCAACACAACUGUGUAUCGGAGCUACGAGCUGAGCUGGACAUGCUUAGAAUUAGACUGCAAAGUCGAAGAGGUGCGACAAGAAAUGGAAUCUCGCUUGGAUAUCCAAAGACGACACAUGGUGCAGAAGGAGAGUCUGCUGAGGAGUGAAGUGGACGAACUGAAGGUACCAUACUUUUCACAUCAGCAGGGUUUUGUGUGUGUAGCGAGUUACUCACAGGUGUGUGUGUGUGUGUGUUUGCGCAAAGGGCCAGCUGUCAAGAGUCAUGUCAGAUGUCCGCGUUCUGCUGGGUGCAGAGAGAGUGCGCAGACAAGAGCUGGAGAAGGCGGAGCUUCUUUAACUUUUUAAAAAGGAGGGGCUCAGACCAGCCACGCCCUCUGAAGCAGCACCGCCCCCUGCUGAGGUGCAGAGAGAGCUGAGCCCAAGAAGCCUAGCUUUGGAUUGCAUCAAAAGAAAGAAUAGAGAGGUGACAGUCAUCUGAGGACACUUGCUUUUCACAGCAGAACAUUAAGGAAGAAGGAAUGUCACAUGAUGCUAAUAAAAAAAAAACACUAACUGGAACUCAUCAUCUGAAUGAAGCCCCAGUAUUGCAGUUCCUCUGGGUGAACCAAAUCAUUGCUAUGAGAUUGGCUGUUCUAUGAUUUAUCCAAAUUGUGUAGACUUUUUUUGACCA